AUGCGGCCGAUCCGCUUCCUGCUUACCAUCGUUUCUUGCUCCGCUGCCUUUCUCCUUCUCCUCGCCGUCGGACCAUGGCAAACCUCUGCUGAAGAGAGUUACCAAGCUCGAGGAAACUUUGGAGCCUUCUUCGACUGGCGAACACCCUCCUCGCUGUUCCCGCCCUCCGCCAUAAUCAGCAUCACUGAUGACAAUUCCACAAACUUCCUCGCCAGACCCGCAGCGUUCGGACCUCUGCUGCCCGCCAGUAGCCUGAGUGGGCAGGUGUGGAUAGGUAGCGGCUUUGGUGACGAUCACCUGGGAAGAGGUGGCUCAGGCGCUGGCGCCGGAGGCGAACUGGGCUGCAGUGAUGUACCCGGCUGGGACGAUGGGGCGUGGUAUGGUGCAGGGAACAGAAAGCAGGGCUUAGGUGAGGGUAGAAAGAGCGCGUCAGACUCCCAGUCUGCUGGUGGCAAGAGCAAGAUUAAGAGGAGCUCCACUAUGGAACAGCAGGACGAGGAAGAUGCGGCGAUGGAACGCCCGGCUGAGAAUGACGGCACAGACGACUAUCUCCACCAUCCGCUGACGGUGUCUGGAGCAAAGGGAGACUCUCUUGCUAACACGAAGAAGUCCACUCAUGCGGAUAUUCAAUCACUGCAAGAAAGUGCCGAGAUAGCCGGGAAAAUCGUUCUGCUCAGCCGUGGCGGCUGUGGGUUUCUUGAAAAGGUCAAAUGGGUGCAAAGAAGAGGCGGCGUUGCGUUGAUUGUGGGAGACAAUGUCCGUGGCGGCCCGCUCGUGACAAUGUACGCUCGCGGCGAGACUUCAAACGUGACCAUACCUUCCGUCUUCAUCUCGCACAUGACAGCACAGCUGCUAUCCAGCUUGAUGCCGACUGGCRGUCUYGCUGGCUAUGAAGAGGACUCCAGCAGACUGGGUGUGGCUCCCAGCAAAGUCGAUGGCAAGGUCAAGAUCAAGGGCGGCAAGAAAGCCGCGGACAAGCCAUCGUUUACUACCACAGUUGCAUAUUCACGACCCAUUGCUACRGCAAAGGCUGUCAAGGUGGAGAAGGUGGAGAUGACGGGAGAAGAGCGUAAAGAUGCUCAUUCGAAACACAUCGGCUGGUUCGCCUCCUGGCUUGGCAACAAUCUGGAGCAACCUGAGGACAGCCGACGUCCACCUAACAGUGGAAACAUCGGCCUGGUCCUGCAUGAAGAGGUCGAAGAUGAAUUGACCGGCGAAAAGAUUAUCAAGCCAGCUACCACUUCCACCACGUCAGCAACACCCUACUCCACUCCCAAACACAGCUCUGGCGAUGGCUUCGUGAUUGGCGUGCAGGAUUGGCGGGAUCCUGAUCUCGUCGCUGAGCAAAAGGAGCAGCAAUUGGGCCUUCCAGACGACUCGUCAUCUUCGACAUCAACAGUGGUACCAAUCGCGGACGUGAAGGGUACRGAUGUGCCGAUUUCGCCUUUGGAAGGUGGAAGCAUCACCCCAAGCAGCGGCGAAUACGCGAAAUCUAACCACAAGGCCAUCGACAUCCCACAUGCCACAGAGUCUCAUUCGGAAGACAUCAUCACUACGUCUCACCAGACAAGCCCGGAUGAUCAUCCGGACUCGUCACGCAGCUGGCUAGGUCGGCUAUUGUACCACUCCAACCCCAGCAAGUCCGCCAAGACUGGCUCCAUUCUGCAUGAAGCUGCACCACAAGCUGUUGUCGAUCCCGCAGCACAUCAUGUAAAGACCGGCAGCAGCCCAGAUGUGUAUCACUCCGACACCUUAUCUACUGAUGAACCGCAGGUUCACGAAGGACUAUGGGUGACUCUCUCGCCCGCUUCCAUGUCUUCUUCACCUUUCUUCGGCACGCUUCUGGUGUUGGUCGUAUCUCCGUUGGUGACACUCACCGUCGUCUACGCUCUACUGUUAUUGCGCUCACGAAUUCGCCGUCGACGAUGGCGGGCUCCUAAAUCAGUCGUGGAGAGACUGCCUGUCAGGAYAUACCAGACCAUGCCGAGUGGAACCACAAGCUCGACAACUUCUUCGGUGGCAUCGCUCGCUAAUGCAACCACGCCACUGCUGCCGACUGCUUCUCGGCCGAUCAGUACGCAAGCCAGACCACGUGCGCGAACAGCCUCGGAAGUACCACAGGGCUCUUCUUCGCUUUCAGACGGCAUGGYAAGUCCUUCGCUCGAACAGGUUGAAGAGAAGCGCGCCGCCGGUCUGGCAGAGUGGCGAAGAAGAUAUGGUGGUAAGCAGAGAGAGUGCGUCGUAUGUCUGGAUGAGUAUGUCGAUGGGGUGAGCCGCGUCAUGAGCCUUCCUUGUGGUCACGAGWUCCACGCGGAGUGCAUCACACCAUGGCUCACCACGCGCCGCCGUACCUGCCCCAUAUGCAAAGGUGAUGUCGUUCGUUCUCUGGCACGCUCCGCGGGUUACACGUGUCCAGGCUCCGGAGGUUCCUCUCAUUCUCCAGAGCAUUUCCACGACGAUGAAGAGCAUGGGGAAGGUGAAGCAGAGAGUCACGCUGCUGAGUCAGAAGCCUUGCAGGAGCAGGUCGCUGUCACGGUGAAUGAUGAACCGACUGCGCAGCUUCCGGUUAGCAGGGAGGACGAGGCUUUUGAGGAUUUGGAGCGGGGUCUGGAUAGACGGCGAUAG